AUGGGACGACCAAAAUACAGGCGAGCGGAUUCCGGAAUGUCAGAAUGCUCAGAAGUAGGCCUCGACCCUGACGAUCCUCGAGUUACUGGCGCUCGUGCAAAUCACCUUGAGGACCCGGAAGACAUUGAAAAGAACAUGCUCCGACAGAUGGACUAUCGAAGUCGUCGCAAACAUCUCAUGCGCGUCAAGAUCGAGUUCAAUGUUACCUCUAUGGUUAACCGUCAGGAAUUUCUAAUCAAACUUGCCAAAAGUCUUAUGACAUUCGGUGCUCCCUCCCAUCGUAUUGAAUCCCAGCUCAUUGCUGCAGCACGUAUCCUGGAAGUAGAAGCAGAGUUUAUUCAUCUUCCCGGUGUCAUCAUCUGCUCCUUCGGCGAUCAGGAACUGGGCUGCUCUGAAACGCAUUUCGUGAAGUGCGGGGGUAGGUUGUCCUUGGGAGCGCUACACAAAGUCCACUUGAUUUACCGAUCUGUUGUUCACGACGAGACCAGCGCGAAGAAGGCUUCGGCGCAGCUUAACGAUCUAUUGAAUGCACCACCGCUCUAUUCUGUCACUUUCCGCUGUCUCCUUGCAUUCUGUCUAUCGGCUCUCAUCUGUCCCCUUGCGUUUGGUGGAUCGUUCCUGGAUAUGUGGGUUGCAGGCGCGGGCGCCUUCAUUCUAUCUGUUCUUCAGCUUUGCGCGACGAAGAGCGCACUUUACGCUAACGUCUUUGAAAUCACUGCAUCUAUUUUCGUGUCGUUCACCGCUCGCGGACUAAGUAGCAUUCGCAGCCAAAUAUUCUGUUACACUGCAAUCUCUUCUUCUAGCAUCAUCGGCAUUUUACCUGGGUAUUUGAUUCUGAGUAGUUCCCUUGAGCUGGCCUCUAAGAAUAUUGUGUGUGGAAGCGUGAAAAUGGUUUAUGCACUGAUCUACACAUUGUUUUUGGGCUUUGGGCUGCAGAUUGGUUCCGAUUUUUACCUUCUGUUGGAUCGCCACACACGCCACAGGCUGGACGCACUUGCUAGCAACCUCUCUACGACUGUGUCUCUGACGGGUGCUUGGACUGCUGAUAAUGACACCGUCAACGGUACGAUACCAUUAGUCGGUACUUGGACGUUUACGCAUGCUGUCUCGCUCACUCAGCAUGAUAUUGUUAACGCCUGCUACCGUCCAAAAAGUUUUCCUUGGUAUCUUCAGCCUUUCCCAACCUGGACUGCUUUCAUCAUCGUCCCAGUCUUCUCGCUGUUCUCGUCCCUUGCCAACUUGCAACCCCUUAAAAGCAAACAACUUCCUAUCAUGGUGGCAAUCUCGUGCUGUUCGUAUGCCUCAAAUAAGGUCGCCAACCAUUAUAUCUUCAAUCGAUCGGACGUCGUCUCUGCUAUCGGAGCCUUUACUGUCGGUCUACUGGGAAAUAUUUACUCCCGCAAAAUGGGUGGUACCGCAUUUACGUCUAUGGUGACGGGAGUGUUAUUCUUGGUUCCGUCUGGUCUUUCCCAAGCGGGAGGUAUUACUGCUAAUGGCAAUGGAAUCGACAUCGGAGGAGCGAUGAUUGCAGUCACUAUCGGUAUUACUGUUGGGCUAUUCAUGAGCCAGGCGCUCGUAUACAUGUUCGGCACCCGGAAAAACGCAGCUGUUUUCUCAUUUUAA